AUGGCUUUUUUUCCAACUUCUACAAUAUCUUGUGUGCUAAACCCAAGCGACCUGCAUGCUUUCCAUAUUAAAUCAGGAUUGAUUCUGGUCAAAAAUUUUCCUUCACCUUCAUGCAGGAGUGCAUAUUUUUUAAUAAACCACUCAAGUCCUCUUUCAUGCAAAAGUUUUAGUUUUUCUUCAUCCACUAUUUCUUCUUCGCUUUGAUUAUUAAUGAAAUCGUGUUUGGCUCUUUCUUCAUCAAUAUGGAAAAAAUCAUGGACUUUCAGCUUUUUCACUAUGUCGUUUCUGAUAACUUUUAGUAAAACUUCGACAUCAUUAGAGUUCUCAAUUAUAGUGUAUUUAUGUAAAUUGGCAGAAUGAUUAUAAAUUUUUAAAGAUAAGUCUCUAUAGAAUUUACUUACUCCCCCCCCAUCCUUGAUCGAACGACUCGCCAUCGUUCGAUCAAGGAUGGGGGUUAAAAAAAAUUUUUUUGGGAAAAAAAAAUUAUAUAUAAAAUAAAAAAAUAUAUAUAUAUAUAUUUUUUUUUAUUUACUUUUAAAUAAGAGGGUUAAGAGUAUUUAAUAAUUAUUUUUUACAGCAAAAAAUUGAAUUUAUUUCAUAAAAUACCAAUUUUUAAUAUUUUGAUUUAUUAGUUACCCUUUUAAACUGCAUAAAUUUUUAAUUUGUUCCUUAUUGAAUUAUAAAUAAAAUGGCAUUCGGUUCGAGAGAAAUUAGCUUUGCUAAUUUUCUCUCCCUCAUGGAUUUUUAUUUAUAGGGUUAGGUUUUCACUCGAGAACUUCUGGACAGCAAUAGCGGUUUAACUCUGGGGAUAAACCAGAGGAACCACUCCUCAGUCCACUCAAGAUUUCGGGCUUUUACCUCUCAGCACAUCCCCACGGGAGGAUGACCCUUAGGCGAACACGCGCAGGAGCUGAGUCGGGCGACAAGGGCGACGGCAACGCGCCGGGUGAGACGUGCAGCAAGGCCGGUGAAGCAGGAGUUGAUAGAAGGCUUGGACGGGGCUGACCCGUGCCAAGAUGGCUCGCCUACGUCAUCAGUUUUGCCAUAGGCCCUUUUGGGGCUGCGGCACUAGACACCUUAAACACCAGAUAAUUAAGUAAGUAAGUAAGUUCCUUAUUGAAUUAAAUUUUUUUUUUUAAAAUUUUAAAGAGUCUCUAUUUUUUAGAUUAUUGAGUUUUUAAGCCUAGGUUGAUGGCUAAAUCACUUUGGAUGGUUGAUUCCGCAGCUUUCUGUUGUCUCAAAGCUCUGAAAACAACUUCAUUAGGUAUAUCUUCCCAAACUUUUGAUAACUAAUAUAUUUUUAUAUAUAUAAAAAAUUGCAUGAUAUGAAAAUCGUUCGAUCAAGGAUGGGGCUUAAUUUCCCCAAUUUUUAGGAAUUUUUACAGUCAAUCGUUCGAUCAAGGAUGGGAGAGGGGGGAGUUAAUAUAAAAGGGAAUAUAUUCUUCCGAAAUUUUGGGACUUGACCGUUUGCAAGUGAUUUCCCAAAAUGCUGUAGUGCAAUAUCUAAUUCAUAA